UGCGUCUAUCGCGAUAACCAGUUCCGAUUCGAUCGAGACAGCGAAUGGACAGCCCUAAUACGUUUCGAAAUAUUGUUUGUGUUAAAAGUGUUUGAAGUGAAAUGGCUGGUGGACAAGGCCCGACGGUCGGGAAACUGGAGUCCCAGAUCUAUUGUAUAAAGUACACUCUGUUUUGCUUCAACGUGGUGUUGUGGUUAUUCGGCGUCUCCAUAUUCGCACUAUGUCUCUGGAUCUGUCUGGAGCCUGGAUUCAACGAAUGGAUGAGAAUCCUUGAGCUCCAAAAGUACUUCAUCGGCAUCUAUAUAAUCCUUAUCGCUUCUCUCGGUAUCAUGGUCAUCGCCUUCCUUGGUUGCGGCUCAGCACUCAUGGAAAACGUCAUGCUUUUAUAUGCGUACAUAGGCACACAAAUCGCCCUAUUCGUGUUCGGUUUGGUCGGUGCGUGCGUCGUCUUGGACUUCUCCACAUACGACUCCAGCAUCCAACCCCUCAUCAGAGACGUUAUCGUGAGGCUUAUGAACAAUCCACAGCAUGAGGGCAGUCGAGAGAUCUUGAGGAUGGUGCAAGAAGGUAUCGGUUGCUGUGGUGCUGACGGCCCUAUGGACUACAUCAAUCUGAACAAGCCCUUGCCAGCUGAGUGCAGGGACUCUGUCACCGGCAACGCCUACUUCCACGGAUGUGUUGACGAGAUGACCUGGUAUCUGGAGGGGAAGACCGGCUGGCUAGCAGGCAUCGUGCUUGCCUCCUGCAUGAUUUCAGUUAUAAAUGCAGUGAUGUCCCUGGUUCUUAUCCAAGCUGUGAAGAAAGAAGAAGAGGAAUCGACAGUUUAUAAGUAAAUAAGUAUACAUACGAAUUUAGUUGCCGAAUAAGGUUUAUAUCUUAUAAUAGAACGCUAAAAUAUUUUCAAUAUUUUAAUCAUAACUACCACCGUAUUUUGUUAUUUAAGUUAAAUUUAGAUUUGUAAUUUGAUUUAUCUUAUUAAUUAAAAGUAUUUUUACUUAAACUAAA